AUGGCGUCUUCGUUGACUCCCGCAUCUGGCGCCUCGGCAGACGAGCCAGGCCUGGUCGAGAAGACGGCCGCCCUCGCGCUUGCCCAGCCAGAUGCGCAGCCCAAGAGCCAGGAUUCACCACCGGCUCACAGAUCUCACGACCCGGAGAACAACCUGAAGCGGAGCGACCCGUUUCAGUUCGGCAGUCGUCUCUUCAACGAGGGGGACAACGUCUACGAGUUCAAUGCAUGGGACCAUGUCGAGACUGACGAUGCAUACAAGGAGUAUGCUGAAGAGCAGUACGAGAUGCAGCGUCAGUCUCCAGUCUCUGACUUUGACAAGAAUAGGCUCAAUGCCAACCCAGCUCGUAUGUGGGAUCUGUUCUACAAGAACAAUACUGCCAAUUUCUUCAAGAAUCGCAAGUGGCUGCAGCAGGAAUUUCCUAUCCUUGGUGAAGUGACCAAGGAGGAUGCCGGCCCUGCGGUGAUUCUGGAAAUUGGUGCCGGUGCCGGCAACACGGCGUUCCCCGUCUUGGCGAAUAACAAGAACACCGCACUCAAGGUCCAUGCUUGCGACUAUUCCAAAAAGGCCGUCGAUGUCAUGCGGGGCCACGAGGAGUACGACACGAAGCACAUGCAGGCUGAUGUGUGGGAUGUGACAAGCGACGAACUUCCCCCAGGCCUGGGCGAGGAGUCUGUCGACGUUGCCAUUCUUGUUUUCAUCUUUUCGGCGCUGAACCCCAAUCAGUGGCAGAAGGCUGUUGAGAACGUCCACCGCCUGCUGAAGCCUGGUGGCCAGGUCUGCUUCCGAGACUAUGGAAGAGGUGAUCUCGCCCAGGUCAGGUUCAAGAAGGGUCGUUACCUGGACGAAAACUUCUACGUGCGGGGUGAUGGGACACGUGUGUACUUUUUCGAGCUCGACGAGCUGAGGACCAUCUGGAAGGGUGUUGUUGAGAAGGAAGGUGAAGCUGCCACAAAGGAGCUGUUCGAGAUCGAGGAUCUCGGUGUUGACAGGCGGAUGCUCGUAAACCGCGCCCGCAAGUUGAGGAUGUACCGCUGCUGGAUGCAGGGUAAAUUCAAGAAGAUAUGA